AUGACUUCCAACUACAUCGCCCCCGGCCAGCAGCGCUACAGUCGCGCCUGCAUGGUCUGCUCGAUCAUCAUGCUGCAAUCCCGCUUCAAGACCGAGGGCUGCCCCAACUGCCCCUUCCUCGACCUCAAGGGCUCGACCGACAACAUCGAGGCCUGCACGUCGGGCGUCUUCGAGGGCGUCACCGUCAUCGCCGACCCCAAGGUGUCCUGGAUCGCGAAGUGGCAGCGCCUCGACGAGUACGUCGCCGGCGUCUACGCUAUGAAGGUGUCGGGCUCGCUGCCCGAGGAGCUCAAGAGCCAGCUGAUAGAGGAGGGCCACCCCUUGUACCCGCGUGACGCGAACCCUUCCGGCUCGGCGGACCACUACGAGGACCUCGACGACGAACCCGCCUACGUGCGCACGACCGCCAAGCAGCCCUUGUCGCGCGCCGAGCGAAGAGCCGCCGAGCGGGUCGGCAACAGGGGCGCGAGGAAGACUUGA